AUAAAGAAAUGUCUUAACUUCUAACUUAAUAAUAUUGAGAUGUAAAUAAUUCUGCUAUUUCUACUGUAAGUUUUGAACUAUUAACUACGCUACUUGGUACUAGACAGUUAUAAGUUACAGUUGUUACUUGUUGAUAGUUGUCAGGUGUCAGCUACUCAGUUAUAAUACCAAUACAAUACUACAAUAGUGAACAAAUUACAAUUAACUGUUUAAUGUUAUUAUUGUAAAUUGUUGGUAUUUUGUUAUUAUAUUCUAUACUUCAAUUAUUAUUUCAGCUACAUGAUCAAAUAAUAUAUAAAAUAUUUAGUUUGUUUUUACAUUAUUGAAAAUUAUAUAACAUUAAAUUCACAUUUUGAUAUGGGUGACAUUAAAGAAGAAGACUGGAAUUUACCGGAAUGCAAAUAUGAAUAUUUGGACCAUACAGCAGAUAUUCAAAUACAUGCAUGGGGAAGUACUUUAUCUGAAGCAUUUGAACAAUGUGCCAAUGCUAUGUUUCAUUACAUGACAGAGGUGGAUUAUAUUGAAAUGAAAGAGUCAUAUGAUAUAGAAGCUGAGGGUCAUGACAUGAUGACUCUUUUAUAUAAUUUCCUUGAUGAACUGUUGUUCAUUUUUAGUGCUGAACCUAAUUAUAUUGCUAGAAAAGUACAAAUAGAAGAAUUUGACAAAACAGCAUUUAAAAUUAAAGCUAAAGGCUUUGGAGAAGAGUUUCAACUUGGAAAACAUCCUCAAGGUACAGAAGUCAAAGCUAUAACGUUUUCAAAUAUGCAGAUACAUGAAAAUGAAGGAAAAUGUGAAGUGUUUGUAAUUUUGGAUAUUUAAUAAAUACUUAAAUUUUUGUUUAA